AUGUCUGCGAAAUGGCGGACACUGCAGCACCGUCACCGUUACACAUACAACGCCGUGAUUUUCCCGCCCUCGUAUGCAGACAUCUUGUCUCGCUCUCUCUUAGCAUCCAAUUCCAAUCCGAAGUGUUCAGCUUUCGUCAGAGACCUCAACCAUUUGAUUUCGCUGACUUCCAUCUACACUCAAGUAGCCCAUGCCAAGGCCCUGGCUUCAUCCUUCUCCAACUUAGUUAGAGAUAGUGAAAUUGACGCCAGUCUUCUGGAAUUAGCUUCUCGUUUUUACUUGGAAGUUCUGUUCAUGGAGAACUCGCCCCCUCUGCAUCGCACUUUAGUAUCUGGGUUGUCGAGAAUUAGCGACGGCGAGAGGCAAUUUUUGGUCCACAAGUGUUUUGGAGAACUCUGCAAGGAGUAUAAUGGGGCGCUGGCGAAGAAGAAGAAGCGGUUCUGUUUGUCGAAAGUGGCCUUGUCUUUUAUGGGUAUGCCCAAGUUGGGUUAUUUGGUGGAGAUAAUUGAAGAUUGCGCAUUUCUGGUUGCUUGGGAUGUAGUUAUUGGGUUGGAAAGUGUGGUUUCGGAGACUGAACAGCAGGCGAGGCCGUCUCCUGUUGUUCUGGAGCAAUGCCAGGAUGCACUGUCUUGUUUGUACUACUUGCUUCAGCGGUUCCCAGGAAAUCUCAAGGAUUCGAAUAAUGUCGAUGGUGAAGGCGAACCGAAAGUUUUGGAGAGGGUAUUUAAGGUUUUGAUAAGUGUGUUGAAAUCAGUGGCUUUUACGAGGGAUUGUUUUGUGGCAGCUGGAGUGAGCUUGUGUGCUGCUUUGCAAGCGUCUCUCAGUGCUGAAGAGCUUGGGUUGCUUAUUGCUCAAGGUAUUCUUAAACAGUUCACUUCAUGUUCUCUGAUUGAUAACGGCGACAAUGGAGUGUUUAGUGAUGCGUUGCAGAAGGUUCCAUACAAUGGGGAUUUUUGUCAAGAAGUACAUAAUUUAUCUCUUUUGAGCAGGCUUUGCUUGAUUAGAGGGAUUCUUACUGCUGUCUCAAGGACAGUACUUACUAGGCAAUUUCUGGUAAAAAGCGGUAAACUCGAGGGAUAUGAAGAUUCUGGCUCCUCUGUCAAGACCAUUUUGUAUGAUGGUAUCUUCCUGGAGCUUUGUAACUAUUGUGAGAACCCUUCGGACAGCCAUUUUAAUUUCCAUUCGCUUACAGUUAUGCAAAUUUGUUUGCAACAGAUGAAGACUUCAAUUUUGAGUCAUCUGACUGAGCAAUCAGGCGACUACAAUCCAAUCCCAGAGGACAUGCGGACCCGAAUUCUGAGGAUUAUAUGGAAUAAUUUGGAAGAUCCUUUAAGUCAGACAGUGAAACAAGUCCAUCUAACGUUUGAUCUUUUCCUAGAUAUUCAGUCAACCCUUCAUUCAGGAGUUGACAGCAAGGGUAUCAAGCCAUUUCUUGUAAAUAUUGCUUCCCAUGUACUACGUAUGGGGGCUCGUUGUAAGGGAAGAUAUGCUCCCUUGGCUUCACUGACUAAGAGGCUGGGAGCACUUGCUUUGCUGGACAUGAACUCUGACUUGAUGGAUGAAACAGCACAAGCGUACUUAGAUGAUGAUGUGUGCUGUGCUGCCACAUCUUUCUUAAAAUGUUUUCUUGAAAUCUUGAGAGAUGAAUGUUGGAACAAUAAUGGUGUUGAGACAGGUUAUGAACUUUACAGAGGAUAUUCUAUGCCCCCUUUUCUUAGUGGUCUUGCUUCUGGAAUAUCAAAGCUUCGCUCAAAUCUCAACACUUAUGCGCUCCCUGUUCUGCUUGAAGUUGAUGUGGAUAGCAUAUUUCCUAUGCUUGCUUUCAUCUCAAUCGGGCCAAACAGCAAGGAAAGUGGAAUUUCACAUCCUGAGCUUACUUGCUGGAACUUGGAACUUGGGAUUGGGGAAAAGGUGGCUGUCUUAAUCUCUUUGCUUAAGGUAUCACGUUCACUUGCAUUGCUGGAUGGAGAUAUUGAUUUAUCUGAUACCAGUUCAGAUGAUAAUGUUCCACUAGAUUGUGUAAAGGGAGCAGAACUCGUGGGUUCUUAUGGUAUUGUAUGCAUUAAAGGGAUAAUGGUUAAGGUCCCUGUCGACUGGCUAGUAAUGGCUUUGACUCAUGUUGAUGAGUCACUUCGAGUGGAUGCAGCUGAGACUCUUUUUCUGAAUCCUAAGACAUCUAGUCUUCCUUCUCAUUUGGAACUCGCUCUCCUCAAAGAAGCUGUGCCACUGAACAUGAGAAGUUGCUCAACGGGUUUUCAGAUGAAGUGGUCAAGCUUGUUCAGGAAGUUCUUCUCUCGGGUUCGAACUGCAUUGGAGAGACAAUUUAAGCAGCAUGGCUGGAAACCUUUAGGCAAAAUAACUGAACCGUUUUCAAACGGGGAAGUUGGUAUUGAAAGGGCAGCGGAUCUUUUUAGUUUUAUGAGAUGGCUUGCGUGUUUUUUAUUCUUCUCAUGCUAUCCCUCUGCCCCUUACCGGAGAAAAAUCAUGGCAAUGGAACUCAUACAGAUUAUGCUCAAUGUAUGGUCUAUCAGACCUUCGCAGGACGACUCUGGGAGCUGCCUGCAUCCCUACAGUAAUUCCAUCACUUCACCUGAUUCAACCUUGUUGCUGGUUGGAUCUGUUAUAGAUAGUUGGGAUAGGCUCAGAGAGAGUUCUUUUCGUAUUUUGCUUCAUUUCCCUACCCCGCUUCCUGGCGUCGAGUCUGCUGAAAUGGUCAAGAAAGUAAUCAUUUGGGCUCAGAGAUUAGUUUGCAGUCCACGGGUGAGAGAAAGUGAUGCAGGUGCACUAACUUUAAGGCUCAUAUUUCAGAAGUAUGUAACAGAGCUAGGAUGGACUGUUAGAGCUUCUGUUAAUGUCGUAUGUUUUGAGAGAUCAUCAUAUCAUCAAGUAUCCAAUGGGGCUGGUGGCCAGAUGGUUCAACCUUCAACUCCUGUUGUGGAGUACAUUAAAUCUUUGAUUGAUUGGUUGGAUGCUGCAGUGGAAGAAGGGGAGAAAGAUCUCCAUGAAGCUUGUAAGAGCAGCUUUGUUCACGGGGUGUUGCUUGCAUUGAGGUAUACAUUUGAGGAACUGGAUUGGAAUUCUGAGGCAGUCAUGUCUAGCAGCUUAGACAUGAGAUCUGCAUUAGAGAAACUCUUGGAUCUGGUUAUGAGAAUCACAAACUUGGCACUUAGUGUGGUUUCUGCUGAUGCCUGGUAUAUGCCUGAGAUGGAUGAGAUGGAUGAUGAAGAUUCUUACUUGGUAGGUGAGAUGGAUGUUUUGGAACUCUCAUCUGAGCAAGGUGGCAUUGAUUCAAAACUUGAGCAUGGCAACAGGAUGUCCGAACAGAUUGUCAUGGUUGGUUGCUGGUUGGCUAUGAAAGAGGUGAGUCUUCUUCUUGGAACUGUCAUGCGAAAAAUUCCUUUACCAACAAACAGUUGUUCAGAUCCACUGGAGCAGCUACCCAAAAUUUCAGAUGCUGCUAACCUUGAAACAACAUCCAAUGCUGUGCUUGAUAUGGAACGGCUUGAGCAAAUUGGAAGGCACUUCUUGGAAGUACUUCUUAAGAUGAAGCAUAAUGGAGCAAUUGAUAAGACGAGGGCUGGAUUUACUGCUCUUUGCAACCGUCUGCUUUGUUCUAAUGAUCCAGAACUAUGCAAGUUGACAGAGUCGUGGAUGGAACAACUUAUGGAAAGAACUGUGGUAAAGGGACAAACUGUGGAUGAUUUGUUGAGGAGAAGCGCCGGCAUCCCGGCAGCAUUUAUUGCUCUGUUUCUUUCAGAACCAGAAGGUUCACCCAAAAAGCUUCUCCCACGAGCUCUUCGAUGGCUAAUUGAUUUGGCUAAUGGCUCUUUGCUUAGACUGAAUGAUGCCACUUCCUCAGCAAAAUCAGAUCAAGUCCCCGAUUCCGAACAGCACCAGUACGAGACUUGUGAGAUGCAGAAGGCCUCAAAAAUACGAGAUGAGGGUGUAGUUCCAACUGUACAUGCCUUUAAUGUUCUUAGAGCCGCUUUCAACGAUGCAAAUUUGGCUACUGAUACAUCCGGGUUCGCUGCAGAGGCUGUAAUUAUCUCAAUUAGCUCUUUUUCUUCCCCAUACUGGGAGGUAAGGAACGCAGCUUGUUUGGCAUAUACUGCACUAGUAAGGCGUAUGGUUGGGUUCUUAAACGUUCUGAAAAGGAAUUCUGCACGUCGUGCCUUAACUGGCCUCGAGUUUUUCCAUCGGUACCCUUUACUGCACUCAUUUCUUCUCAAGGAACUGAAAGUUGCAACUGAUCUGCUUGAAGAUGCAAAACCUGGGCAUUCGGGAUCCAACCUAGCAAAAGUUGUCCAUCCCAGUUUAUGUCCAAUGUUGAUUCUUCUAUCCAGGCUCAAGCCCUCAACUAUUUCUAGUGAGAAGGGAGACAAUCUGGAUCCCUUCUUGUUUAUGCCAUUCAUCAGGAAAUGCUCUACCCAAAGCAAUCUACGAGUCCGUGUUCUUGCUGCUAAAGCCUUAACGGGGCUAGUAUCCAAUGAGAGACUGCCACAUGUCCUCUUGACCAUCGCCUCCGAACUACCUCACUCCAACAGUCCAGUCAAGAAAGCUACCUCGGCUUCUUUCAACUCAACACAUGGGAUGUUAUUGCAGCUCAGUUGUCUUCUUGAUGUUAAUUGCAGAAACCUGGCUGAUUUCGGGAAGAAAGAUCAGAUUCUCCACGAUUUGGUCCAGAUUCUAGUGCAAUGCUCUUGGAUAUGUUCCCCCAAAAGCUGCCCGUGCCCUAUCUUAAAUACAUCCUUUCUACAGGUGGUGGAUCACAUGCUCAGUAUCAAUGAUAAUCUUCUUAAUAUUCGCCAGCUGCUUUUGGAACUCUCUACAGGAUGCUUAGAUGCUGAAGAUUCUUAUAAAAUGGUUUCUUAUGAUCCCACGGUAGCUGAGCUUCGGGAACAAGCUACGCACUCUUAUUUCAGUUGCUUCCUUCAGAGGCCUAAAGUUGAAACUGAAGCCUUUGUUGGACUCCAAGAGAGGCUGACGCUUUCCUUGAAAGAUUCAUCAUAUGAAGUUCGACUGGUGACACUGAAAUGGCUGCUUAAGUUCCUGAAGCAUGAUUUUCUCCCUGGAGAGAUGGCAAAAACUAUUGAAGAAUGGACUAGAUCAAGCCUUCAGAAAACCAUGAUGAGCCUCUUGGACUCGGAGAAGAAUCGUCGGUGUGUAUACUACAUUCUCAGGGUUAUUUUCACCUGGAACAUGCUACUGUUUGAGAAGACUGGUGAUAACCGAGAUCUUGAUGGCACUGAUUAUGUCUGCCAAUUGGAUCUUUGCCAAAUAUCCCAGUUUUGGGAUAAGUUGCAGUCAUUAUACAAGGUCACAAGACAUUUAAAGACCAAGGAGAAACUCAUCUGUUGCAUGGCCAUAUGCGUGAAGCAGUUCGCAGCCCUAUUCAUCAGCUCUCCUCUUUCUUCCACUGAAUCAAAUCAACUGGAGACCCCAAUAUAUUUGAUUCGAUCCAUCACCUUUUUUGUUGACUUGAUCAAAUGCCAUAGCUCCUCAUCUGAACCAGUAAACAUGCGCAUGGCAGUUGCUGAAGCUAUUACGGCAUCGAGUUUGCUCGGGCAAGCAGAACUCCUCGGUUCUUCUGUAUUCAACUCUGAUCCGCCAUAUAAUGCUUCUUCCUCAAAAGGUUUGCCAAACUUAUAUGCUUCUCAAGUUCUCGAGAUAUGGUUCACUAGCAUCAAGUUGAUGGAGGAUGAAGAUGACGGAAUUAGACAGGAAGUCGCACAAAAUGUUCAGAAACAUUUUCACCAUCGUCGGGAAGUCAGUGGUGUUCCAACCCAAGUGGAAAGAGUGAUCGAGCUCAGCUUUUCCCAUCUUUCCUCCAUCUUCGGCCACUGGAUUCCUUACUUCACUUACCUCUUACAGUGGGUACUGGACAUAGCAGCAACAACCUCUUUUGUUUCUUCUUCCGGUGGUGAUGAUCUCGUGAGACGAGUUUUUGACAAGGAGAUUGAUAACCACCAUGAGGAGAAGUUGUUGAUAUGCCAGAUCUGUUGCUCCCAUCUUGAGAAGCUUCCCCUUCCAGCUAUCGACCUGUAUUUGUGGAGGAUGAAAUUUGCUAACCAGCUGAAGUUAUUUGCCGAAAACUUUGUUGGAAAACUUGGAGGAGUUGAGUGGAUAGGUGGUUUGGGUAACCACAAGGAUGCUUUUCUGCCUGUGUAUGGGAAUUUGCUUGGGUUUCACGCCAUCUCAUACUGCAUCUUGAACGGGGAAUUCGAGGAUGGAAUGGGUAUCUUAUCUGAUGUUGUUGAACUCGGGAAAAGUAUUGAAUGCUUCUUCAGUAAUCCAUUGAUCCUUAAUCUGUUUUCGCUGGUACUGAGAUCGCACGAGAAGAAUGCUGGUGUCUCUGCUGCACACCAGUUUGGCUGUGAGUUGGUAGAUGAUGAUGCUGCUGCACUUUACGAUGGGUUUAAUCCAUAUUAUCUUCUUAGAUGA